AUGCCAAAACUGAUGCAAAGAGUCUCUUAUAAGUUUAUCCAAGAGGACGAUGACUUCACGAGGAAAGAAUACUAUGAAACGUGUGGUUUCCAUCUUGAAAUUGGUGUGAAUCCAUUAUCUGAUCUCGGAUUUGGAACUAUAGUCUGGGAAGCUGCUCUUGCUCUGUGUCAGUACUUUGAGAAAGAGGAAAUCAGAUUUUGGAAUAAGAAAGUGAUUGAACUUGGAGCAGGCACUGGAAUUUUGAGCAUUGUUACUGCCCUUCUAGGUGGAGAUGUCACCAUUACAGACAAACCGGAGCUGCUCAAGCAAAUAGAACGGAAUGUGUCGUUCAAUCUCUCUCCUUCCUUUAAACAUCACGUCAAAAUCCGUGCCCUCGCCUGGGGCUGUGACCACAUCCUGUUCCCCUCAGACUAUGACUAUAUCCUGGGUUCGGAUAUCCUGUACUUUUACGAAAACAUUCCUUUAAUUCUAGAUACUCUUUUACACCUCAGCAAUGAAAAGACCAUCAUUUAUUUCGGCUCCAGGAUGUUGUACAGCCGGCCAUUGAUCAGCAACGGUUAUCUGAUCCUGUCUCAGUAUUUUGAAACUGAGCUUGUUUGCAGAUAUAAAGCCAGCGAUGUCAACAUAUACAGAAUGACUCGCAAAACUCCUACUCCUGGAGGCCUCCUCCAUUGGUAG